AUGGAGGGCGCUGGGGCCGACGGCCGGGUGCGCGUCUUCGCGCGCGUGCGGCCCCGUGGCGCCGGCGAGGACCCGUGCCUGCCUCCCGCUGCCGAGGCCGUGGAGGCCGCCCGCGCAAUACGCGUGAGCGGCGACGGGGACGCGCUGGAGCGGGUGCUCGCGGGCAGGCCCCUCGACGGCGUGGCGGCGCCGGGCUCAGUGCGCGAAUUCUGCUUCGACGGCGUGUUCGCGGGCGACGCCGGCCAGCAGGAGGUGUUCGCCCAGGUGGGCCUGCCAGUGCUCCAGGACUUCCUGCGCGGCAUCAACGGCACCAUCUUCGCGUACGGACAGACUGGGAGCGGCAAGACCCACUCCCUGCUGCACCAGGGCCCGCCCUCGGAGUGCGCGGGGCUCCUGCCGCGCCUGGUGGCCAGCCUCUUCCUGCACGUGUCCCGGGACGCGGAGAGCGCUUAUGCGGUGGAGGUGGCCGCGGUCCAGGUCUACAACGAGCAGGUGGACGACCUGCUGCACCCCGGGCUGCAGGACGGCGCCGGGCAGGGCCUCGCCGUCCACAACGGCGGCGCCGUGCCGGGGCUCACGUGGCUCGCCUGCCAGCAGCCGUGCGAGAUGCUGGAGGCUUUCUCGCGGGCGCGCUCCGGGCUCGUCUACGCGGAGACGAGGAUGAACAAGGCGUCGAGCCGCAGCCACGCCGUGUUCCAGAUCCGGGCCACGCGGCGGGCCAGGGAGGGAGGAGCGGCCGUGGAGGAGGGCGGGGAGCGCGCCCGGCGCAUCGAGUGCACGCGCUCGCGCCUCUGCGUCGUCGACCUGGCCGGCUCCGAGAGGGCCGCGGCGAUCAACAAGAGCCUGCUGGCCCUGGGCAACGUCGUCAGCGCGCUGGCCGCGAGGAUCGGAGAAGGAAGAACUGCAUAA